UGGGAGUUGAUGGUAUACCUGAAGGGAAACCACAGUUCUGUAAACAAAUGCUCAUCUGGUGUUCUGCAGGAUUUCUGUGAUAAUAACAUCAAAAAAGCCCUCCCAAACAAUCAGAGAAAUGUUUGCAGCGGGACAUCAACGACUGAUUAAAGUCAAGUGGAUGAAGGGAAUUAAUUCUCUUAGAAAGGAAAACACUUUCAGAACAGGUGACAGAAGAGGAGCAGUCCAUAGGUAAGCCACCCCCCUCCCCCCAAAUGAGUUUCCUUGGUGUGAAUGAAAUAAAUAAGCAAUGAAUGGGCCACUCCUCGCCACAUCCCAUCUCAUGCAUGGUUGCCAGUAAUGGUCUACUGGGUGUCAGCUUUUAUUGGCACGGCACAAAGCAAGUGCCAGGGGUUGAGUGGCUCGACUCCCCGCUGCAGACUGUGGAUAAAAGCAAGCAAAAUGCCUCAGCCAAGCUCAGAGGCAUAGUCAUGUUGGGCUGGAACGAGGAAGUGCAGUGGAGAGGGGAGGGACUCAGGGCGCAGCUCCAUGGGGCCGCCGCGCUGCGACCUUCUGCACAUGGAGCCGGGGACAGUUGGAAGAACUUCAUACUGCAAACUCAAGGAAUAGCAGAGUACUUACACCGCAUGGAGACAGAGGAGGCCCAGGAGAUUGCCCAGAUGCCAGGCAGGGACAGCCCCCCAGCCAACGAAGCGUCUGAAGAGGCAGAGGAGCCCAUGGCUGUCCCUGAGGACCUGUCAGCUAGCUCUGCCCACCAGCAGAACAACCGGGGGGACAAAG